UGAUGUUUUUUGUUCCAUAGUAAUUCCUUGGGACCAAAAUGAAUUCAACCGAAAGUCGACACGAGGCAUUGAAAGCACCCCAAACAAACAUGGAGACACCUACAUCAGCCACAAGCAAUUCUACAGACUCCAUGACUCCUGGCAUAGGAACAGAUAAACAUUUUUCCAAGUUGAAAGAAAGGUUAAUGAAUGAGCUGAACAAAAUUCCAUUACCACCUUGGGCCUUAAUAGCAAUAGCCAUAGUUGCCGUUCUUCUGAUUCUUACCUGCUGCUUUUGCGUCUGCAAGAAAUGUUUGUUCAAGAAGAAGAACAAGAAGAAGGGAAAAGAAAAGGGAGGGAAAAAUGCUAUUAACAUGAAGGAUGUUAAGGAUUUAGGGAAGACCAUGAAAGACCAGGCCUUAAAGGAUGACGACGACGAUGAUGAUGAUGAUGCAGAAACUGGCUUGACUGACGGAGAAGACAAAGAAAAACCUAAAGAACAGGAAAAACUGGGCAAACUUCAGUACUCUUUGGAUUAUGAUUUCCAGAAUAAUCAGCUGAUGGUGGGGAUUAUUCAGGCUGCCGAGCUUCCUGCUUUAGACAUGGGGGGUACAUCUGACCCUUAUGUGAAAGUGUUCCUGCUUCCAGAUAAAAAGAAGAAAUUUGAAACAAAGGUCCACAGAAAAACUCUCAACCCGGUCUUCAACGAGCAGUUCACUUUUAAGGUGCCCUACUCUGAACUGGGUGGAAAAACAUUGGUGUUGACAGUGUAUGACUUUGAUCGGUUCUCCAAGCAUGACGUCAUUGGGGAAGUGAAAGUACCCAUGAACACAGUAGAUUUUGGCCAUGUUACUGAAGAAUGGCGCGACCUGCUGAGUGCUGAGAAAGAGGAGCAAGAGAAACUGGGUGACAUCUGCUUCUCCCUCCGUUAUGUACCCACGGCUGGCAAACUGACAGUUGUUAUUCUAGAGGCAAAGAACCUAAAAAAGAUGGAUGUCGGUGGAUUGUCAGAUCCCUAUGUGAAAAUUCAUCUGAUGCAAAAUGGCAAGAGGCUGAAGAAAAAGAAGACCACUAUUAAAAAGAAUACUCUUAAUCCUUACUACAAUGAGUCAUUCAGCUUUGAAGUACCAUUUGAACAAAUUCAGAAAGUGCAAAUUGUUGUAACUGUUUUGGACUAUGACAAGAUUGGCAAAAAUGAUGCUAUUGGAAAAGUGUUUGUGGGCUACAACAGCACCGGAGCGGAACUCCGGCAUUGGUCAGAUAUGUUGGCCAACCCAAGGCGACCCAUUGCACAGUGGCACACUUUAGCACCCGAGGAGGAAGUAGACGUAAUGCUUGGGGUCAAGAAAUAAAGCAAAACCUAUUUGCAGUUGCCCACAUAGUGGUCCUUAGCCAGUAAAUGUAAAUACCUCAGUAGUAUGGGUCCUUUCAUGUCUUACCAUGCAUUCCUGAUCCAGGUCAUUCGUACCUAUUCAUUUUCUUUGCACAAACUUUAAUGUCCUUAUGACUUCCCUAAGAAAAGAAAACUUAUUGUGCAUCAGACAAUUGCCCUCUUUAUAUUCUUUUAAGCAAUAUGAUGUGUAGAUAGAGCAUGACUCAAUUUGUUAUAACCACACCCUUGUAUAUACCAGUAUGCCAACAUUUAUUUCUAGUCUGUGUAUUUGUAUGUCGUUAACGUUUCUUAAUAUGUGUAUACUUAGGUGAUUUUAAUAAGAUGUUCUAUUUUAAAUGAUGUAAAUUGACUAAAUAUAUAUGAGAAUUAAGAAUAUAUUACAGGUUAACUAUUGUAUCGUCCACAUUCCAGAAGAAAUUCCAACUUAUAAGGCACUAGUAAAGUUGUACUGAUAUCUUAAAGGACAACUUAAAUCUGACCAGGAACAUUAGAUUAUCAAUGAAUUGACGGAUUUCACAUGUUCAGUCGAGAGAGGAAAUCAGUUCACAUUUGUAGACCUAUUUCAGAGGUGACUGAUAUAGUGACUGACCUCAAAAGACACAAACAUACGCAGUCGCUAGUUGGCAUGUGAAAUGCAUAGUAAUGAAGACUAAAAAUGUGGCAUUUUUAGAUCAGAGGAGGUGAAGGAACAUUGAAGGGCAAUGACCUUUUACCACAAUAUACAGAUUGCAGUAAGGUUAGGGAUGACUGACUACAGGAUUACUGUUAAUGGCACACCAGAUUAGCUUUUGUAAUAACAGCAAUCACUCAUAAGCCAACGAUUUCUGUGACUUUUAGCUUUAGAUACAAUGUAAAUUGUGUGAGGUGUCUGCGUAAUUUCACAUCGCAUAUCUUCUACGUGUGUAUCUGUUGUAUCUCAAAGUAUAAAGAUAUCUUGUUAUACGGACAGGUUGUAAGGCAUACUGAACAUUGUUAACAAGGCAUUGUGCAGUUCUUACACACCUACGUUUUCAUAGUUAACAAACAGUAUUGUGACCCAA